CUCUCUAGCAUUGCUCCUCCCCGCCCCCCGCUAUCUGCACGAGUAUUUUCCCUCUCUCGCUCUCCUCCCAACGUAAGCCGAAGCCGACCCCUGUUCCACUUCCACCACCCGCCCCACCCUCCACCGCACACCACCUGCUCGCCGAAAUGCCGACGCGGAGGCUCCUCCGCAUCCUCCCGCUUCUCCUGGCGCUGCUGCUCGCCGGCUCGCCAGACGGCGCGGCCGCGGCGGGCGGCGGCAACGGGACGUGCCCGCUGGACCUGAGCUACGUGCCCACGUUCCCGUGGGACCCCGCGCCGUGCGCGGGGGCCGCGCCCAACAUGACGGCCUGCUGCCAGACGCUGCUCUCCGUGCUCGCCAUCGGCCUCGCCGGCCGGCUCCGCGCCACGGGCCAGUUCCGCGUCCCGUCCGCGGCGGCCUCCGCCGCCUGCAUCGCCGACUUCGCGGAGGCGGUCGCGUCGGCGCCGGCCUCGCUCCCGGGCGCCUCGCUCGUGCCGUCCUGCUUCCCGUCGCCGGACGAGUUCGCCGUCUCCCCGUCCUUCUGCGCCGGCGUCACCACCGCGGCCGAGUACAGGGCCGUCGUCGGGAACGCCUCCGUCGCGGGCCUGGACGCCGCCUGCGGCCCCGACCUCUCGUCCUUGCCGAUCUGCGACCGCUGCCAGACCGCCGGCAUCGUCGCCACCUCCCCCCUCAUCGCCGCCAGCGCCAACGCCACGACCGAGUCGCAGCAGAACUGCUUCUACCUCACCGUCAUGUACGCCGCCGGCAUCUCCAGCGCCGAGGGACCCACCUCCCCCACCGCCGCCCAUUGCAUCCUCGGCCUCGGCCUGUCCACCCCUCCCUCCCAGCGCUCCAAGUCCAACAACGCAGCCAUCUACGCCACCACCAUCCCAAUCGCCUUCAUCCUCCUCCUGUCAGUCCUCGCAUUCUUUGUAUGGAGAAAGACAAGGCACGCCAAGAACAAGAAGAGGAACCACACGAUCCCUGAGGAGGGGUCGGAGGACCGGCGUCCGCACCUGAGGCCCAACACCGGGUCAAUACAGUUCGACAUUGCCGAGUUGUCCAAGGGGACGGACAACUUCGCGGAUCGAAACCUCAUCGGCCGCGGUGGGUUCGGAGUUGUCUACCGUGGCGUGCUCGCCGAUGGGUCUGUGGUUGCCGUCAAGAAGAUGCUCAACCCAGAAAUGGACGGCGGUGACGAGGAGUUCACCAACGAGGUGGAGAUCAUCAGCCACCUCCGGCACCGAAACCUGGUGCCGCUGCGUGGCUGUUGCAUUGUCGAUGACGACAUAGAGGAUGGGAAGCAGAUGUUCCUCGUGUACGACUUUAUGCCCAAUGGAUCGCUCGAGGAGUUCAUCUUCCGGGACAGAGUAGGAAGCAGCAAGCGGGCGGCAUUGACAUGGGCACAACGUCGCAACAUAAUAAUGGAUGUGGCAAAAGGACUGGAAUAUCUGCAUUAUGGUGUCAAGCCUGCGAUCUAUCACAGGGACAUCAAGGCGACCAACAUAUUGCUCGACAAUGAGAUGCGGGCACGCGUGGCGGAUUUCGGGCUAGCCAGGAGGAGCCGAGAAGGGCAGUCUCACCUCACGACGCGGGUUGCCGGCACACAUGGCUACCUGGCGCCCGAGUACGCGCUCUAUGGACAAUUGACAGAGAAGAGUGACGUCUAUAGCUUCGGCGUUCUGGUGCUUGAGAUAUUGAGUGGGCGGCAUGUGCUUGACAUGACGGCUUCGAAUGGGCCAGUGCUGAUCACCGACUGGGCGUGGACGCUCAUCAAGGCUGGCCAGUCAAGGGAGGUGCUCGACGAUGCAUUGUCGACGUGCGAGAGCCCAAGAGGUGAGGCCAUCGAAAGGUUUGUUCUUGUUGGAAUCCUGUGCGCUCAUGUGAUGGUUGCGCUCCGACCGACCAUCACCGAGGCGGUGAAGAUGCUUGAGGGAGACAUGGACAUACCAGAGAUACCAGAUCGGCCGCUGCCAUUUGGGCACAACUUUUUGAUGUUCAGCGAAGCUGGGAGCAACUUCAGCGCUUCCCCGGCUAUCAGUGGGCCUUUAAUGGAUAAUGGGGACAUGCUUAGGUGAUGUAAUUCUUGUGUUUGUUCUGGUCAACUGAAGUCCAGAGUUGUGUGUCGAUACUUCUUUGAUUAUAUUGACUUUCUGAAUGAGGCAUUCAAAUGGCCAAAAUGGCAUUCAUGUCAAACUUUGUCACUUUCGCACCUUGGCCAUCAUCACUAACAAGACACACUGUAAUCAGGAUAGGCAGCAAUUAUACAAGCAUCUUGGCAGGGACAGGAACUGUCUUAGUUAAAGGUUAUGUGUUGGGAACCAACUAGCGCUGUUAAGUUCAUCAAGCCAGACAUGAAAAGGAAGAUACAUUUAAGGUUUCACAAGGAAAUUGAAGGUAGCAGUUGUGGCCUGCAGGUAGAGGAGCUUCAGUUCACACAGGCCGUGGCAGGAUUCGUUGGCCUACUUGUCUUCCUGCAAGUUGGGGUGGCUGGGCUGCAGCCGGAAGGUGAACGGCAUCUGGGAAGUGAAAUCCCUACCCUGAUGGUACCCGAGCUCCAUCUCCCUCAUGUUGCUGCUCAGGUCGUCCUGCUGGUGCUGGAAACAGGAGGAGAACUUCAGCAAUUUCUCAGCUUUUGGGUUACUUGUCAGCAAAGCAGAAAGUGCGGUUACCAUUCACUGAAAUUUUAACCUAUGCAGUGAAUUCUGUUAUUAGAGUUUCGGUUAUUCAAUUGGACUGGGUAGAGGUGAUUCAGUUUGCACGGUAUGAAGACAGGCAUGCUGUUUUGAAAAAUAAUGCAGCAAGGAACUAUGUAGUGGCUAGUUAUUUGGUUGCUGAGUAGAUGACUCUGAUCAGCCACAUUAAGUACUGAUCAGCGGUCUAACUGCAUUAGCAACAUUGUACUAAAACCAAGAUCACGCCCUUGGAGGAUAUGAUUAUGCUCCAUUUCACUUGUUGGCAAAAGCUGAUGCAUGUCUGCAGUUCUGCAGGAUGAUUAAUUCUAGACUGAAGAAAGCAAGGAAGUGCUCAAGAAUUACCAUCCUCAAAGCCAGCAGCUUGUGCUCCUCCUCCAGCAUCUUCUCCUGCGGUAAAUCACAAAGGAGGAGCAUGAUCAGAAUUUUCUUUGCCAAAAAAAUGAUCAAAAUUCUUCUUCAAAAAACUCCAUGGUGUACAGAAGGAAAUGCAAAGCGCAGUGGUAAAUUUAGUGCCCAUACAUUCCUCCUGUGCAUCUUCCAGUGGUCCAUCUGCAACAAGGAGACGACACCAACAUCAGAGACAGACAACAAUAUUCCACAAAACAGAUAUGAAACACUUGCAAGCUCUGAAUCUUUUACACCCUGCAUUACCAUCUUGUCCCUGAGGCUGGUCUGGCCGUUGGUGAGCGCCUCCUCGAUGGCGAUCAGCUCCUUGGGCUGCAGCGAGUUCACAUCCUCGCCUUUCAUAUGCCUGCACCGUCAUCAGCCGCCGCAGUCUAGUCAUACUCAUACAAACGUUGAAGCGCCACAUGUAGAAUUGGAAAGAAAUCAAAGCUGGAAGCUGGAUGGAACAACACUUGCCUGAGCUCGAUCUGCAUGUUGUCGUUCUCCUUCUUCACCCUGUCAAUCUCCGCGCUGAUGCUCUGAAAAAGAAAAACAUUUCCAGGGUUUUCAGACUCUGAACAUUUUUAUUGGAUGGGUGCUGAAAGAAACCGCUGAGGUAGAUCAGGGAAGAACCUUGUGCUUCUCGUCCCACAGGAUCUUCCCGGAGUUGGUCUGGUACUUCUCCAAGAUCCUUGGCAGCCUGACAUCAAAGGCAAAGUUAGCAGCUUCGUGACCGGUUAAAAAGAAGAAGAAACAGAGCUCUUGGCUAGAAGCAUAAAGGGUGAGAGAGGGAGGAACGGGAGGAAAACUUACGUGGUCUUGGGCGUCCAGAAGUCGUAGAGCUUGCCGGCGCUGGAGAAGAUGACGACGCCGACCUCGGCGUCGCAGAGCACGCCGAUCUCGCGGGCCUUCUUCACCAGCCCGGCCCGGCGCUUGGCGAAGGUCACCUGGCGGUUGGACGAGUUCUCGAUCCUCUUGAUCUCGAUCUUGCCGCGCCCCAUCUCAACAAGCUCCUCGCUCGCCGAGAAGAAAGAAAGAGGACCCAGGAGCACCCAAGACCCAGAGGACUCCUCCCUCCCUUGUCUCUGUGGAGUGUGGACGCUUGGGAGCAGCAGCGGCCUGUGGUGGUGGCGAUCUUUAUGGGCGGGCGUGAAUGCCAUGGCUGGGGGAGGAUGGGAGGAAUAAAGGAGGGUGGCUGCCAUGGAGGGAAUGGAGGUGAGGGGGCUUUCGGCUCGCCCCAGGGUCGGAUGGCCGGAAAUGGAAACUGCUCGCGUGCUCUGCUUCGGUUCGUUGCGGUUGGAUUUUAGCUGACCCUGGCUCGCGGACUUGGAGGGAAGGGGCUCCCGUUUGAUCAGCGGACACUUCACGCGCUCUCCCCAUGUCUCUCUCUUUCCUGCUCUUUUUUCUCUUUCAUCAUUUUCACCUUUUAUUUUUGCGGGGAGCGUCCUCUCUUCUUUUAUUAUGGUUCAUUCAUUGAUUCAUAGACUCCCUUUUUUUCCCUUC